UUGUUUUUCUUCUGCCCAAGACCCAUUGAAGAUGACCUCAUGGAUUGGGGGGCUCAUCGUUCUUACACAGGAUGGUUCUCUCUCUCUAAGUCCUUUUCUGUUCUCUCUCUCUUAAUCCUUUCUCCCUGUUUUCUCUCUCUCUCUCUCAUGUCCUUUCUCCCCUCGUUCUCUCUCUCUCUCUCUCUCUUGUCCUUUCUCCCCUCGUUCUCUCUCGUCCUUUCUCCCCUCGUUCUCUCUCGUCCUUUCUCCCCUCGUUCUCUCUCGUCCUUUCUCCCCUCGUUCUCUCUCUCUCUCUCUCUUGUCCCUUUCUCUCCCCUUUCUCCCUUUUCUCUCUCUCUUUCUCUCUCUCUUGUCCUUUCUCCAUUCUCUCGUCCUUUUCUCUUCUCUCUCUCUUGUCCUUUCUCCCCUCGUUUCUCUCUCUCUCUCUUGUCCUUUCUCCCCUUUCGUUCUCUCUCUUCUCUCUUGUCCUUUCUCCCUCUCUCUCUCUUGUCCUUUCUCCCCUCUCUCUUUCUCUUGUCUUUCUUUUCCCUCUCUCUCUCUUGUCCUUUCUCCCCCCUCUCUCUCUCUUGUCCUUUCUCCCCUCUCUCUCUUGUCCUUUCUCCCCGUUCUCUCUCUUUUGUCCUUUCUCGUUCUCUUUCUCUCUCUCUUGUCCUUUCUCCCCUCUCUCUCUCUUGUCCUUUCUCCCUCUCUCUCUCUUGUCCUUUCUCCCUCUCUCUCUUUCUUGUCCUUUCUCCCCCCUCUCUCUCUCUUGUCCUCGUCCCUUUUCUCCCUCUCUCUCUCUCUUGUCCUUUCUUCAUUCUCCUCUCUUUCUCUCUUUGUCCUUUCUCCACGUUCUCUCGUCCUUUCUCCCUCUCUUGUCCUUUCUCCCCCGUUCUCUCUCCUUUCUCCUUUCUCUCCUUUUUUCUCUCUUGUCCUUUUCUCCCCCGUUCUCUCUUGUCCUUUCUCCCCGUUCUCUCCCUUUCUCCCCUCUUCUCUCUUGUCCUAGUUCUCUCGUCCUUUCUCUCUCUCUUUCUCGUUCUCUCUCCCCCCCCCGUUCUCUCUCUCUCUCUCGUCCUUUCUCCCUCUCUCUCUCGUCCUUUUGUCCUUGUUUCUCCCCGGUUCUCUCUCUCUCUUAUCCUUUCUCCCCUCUCUCUCUUCUGCUUGAUAAUACUUGAACCAAAUCUUUUUGAAAAACACUUUUUCUCUCUCUCCUCCUUCUCUCAUUCUCUCUCCCACACCCUUAUCUAUCUCCCCGUCUCCUCUCCCUUAUCUAUCUCCCCGUCCUCUCUCUCUGCCUUAUCUAUCUCCCCGUCCUCUCUCUCUCCCUUAUCUAUCUCCCCGUCCUCUCUCUCUCCCUUAUCUAUCUCCCCGUCCUCUCUCUCUCCCUUAUCUAUCUCCCCGUCCUCUCUCUCCCCCCCCCGUCCUCUCUCUCUCCCCCCCCUCUCUCUCUCUCCCCGUCCUCUCUCUCUCCCCGUCCUCUCUCUCUCCCCGUCCUCUCUCUCUCUCUCUCUCUCCUCUCGUCCUUUCUCCCCUCCCUCGUCCUUUCUCCCCCCUCCCUCGUCCUUUCUCCCCUCCCUCGUCCUUUCUCCCCUCCCUCGUCCUUUCUCCCCCUCCCUCGUCCUUUCUCCCCAGUUCUCCUCCUCCUUCUCUCCCCUCGUUCUCUCUCUCCUCCGCUCUCCCCUCGUUCUCUCUCUCCUCUUCUCUCUCCCCUCGUUCUCUCUCUCCUCUCCCCUCUCCCCUCGUUCUCUCUCUCCCCUCGCUCUCCCCAUUCUCUCUCUCUCUCUCUCCCCCCUCGCUCUCCCCUCGUUCUCUCUCUCUCUCCCCUCGUUUCUCUCUCUCUCUCCCCUCGUUCUUCUCUCUCUCCCCUCUCUCCCUCUCUCUCUCUCUCUCUCUCUCCCCUCGUUCUCUCUCUCUCUCUCCCCUCGUUCUCUCUCUCUCUCUCCCCUCGUUCUCUCUCUCUCUCUCCCCUCGUUCUCUCUCUCUCCAUCAUCCUUUCUCCCCUCUGCUCUUUAUCUAAUCUCUUUUCUCCGUUUGUUCUCUCUUGCUCUCUUCCUGUCGCUGUCUGUCCUUUCUUUCUUUUUCUUCUUUUUUUUUUUUUUUUUUUUCUUCAUAUACACUACAUCUCCUGAGUCACCAGGAAUCUUCCUUUUGUUGCAAAAAUUAUUCCGAAACCAAUCCAUUGACUGUUUGAAGGAAGAGGCACUGAAAAUUGGACUUUCCGAAGAUGAUUUCCAAGCAAUCCUUAUCUAUGCAGCCGGUUUCUAUAACAACAUGGGUAAUUACAAAUCAUUUGGGGACAGAAAAUUCAUUCCAAAUCUAUCAAAAGAAACAUUUGAAAAGUUCAUUCUCCAUUGUGCAAACAACGUCUUGAGCAAUGGGCAGCAAGUAAUUACUUUGUGGAGAAAUGUUGGUGAUGCAAUUUACAAUGUGUCUCAGACUUGCAGACAGCUCGGAUUCAGCAAUCAGGGAACAACUACAUAUUAUUCCAGCAAUUGUUGCAUUGAAGAUGCUUCUCGUAUGCAAAAGUUUCUUAAUUCUAAGGAUUUGCUAGCCUAUAAUACCAGAGUGUUCAAACGCAAAGAUCCAGAGUCAGGGAUGAUAAAAUAUGAAAUCCGUCUUGCCUCUUCCAACACAGAAUCUGGUGCUUUGCCUGGUUGCAAUGUCUGUGCAUUUGAUACAGAGACAUUCACACCACAAGAUAGUUCUGAGGAGUUUCUUGUUCAAAUUACGCGGGGUGAUUAUGCUGAACUGAUGGGUCUUAUGGUCGAAAGCUUAGAAAAUGCUAAGAAUUUUGUUGCAAGAGAUGUUGAAACAAAUAUGCUUGAUGAGUACAUCAAAAGCUUCAAAACGGGCUCUAUUCACUCUCACAAGGAAGGCUCAAGAUUAUGGAUUCGAAACAUCUCACCAGUUGUUGAAAUGUACAUUGGCUUCAUUGAAUCCUACAGAGAUCCUUAUGGAGUCCGGGGAGAAUUUGAAGGCUUUGUAGCAGUUGUCAACAAAGAAAUGUCUGCCAAAUUUGCCAGACUUGUUGAUAAUGCCCCUGACUUGUUGCCAUAUUUGCCAUGGCCCCCUGCUUAUGAAAAGGAUGAGUUUCUCAGACCGGAUUUCACUUCUCUGGAUGUUCUUACCUUUGGUGGAAGCGGCAUUCCUGCUGGCAUCAACAUUCCAAAUUAUGAUGACAUUCGGCAAAAUGAAGGUUUCAAAAAUGUCUCCCUGGGAAACGUUAUUUCUGCUGGUUACCAAGAUCAGAAGGCUACCUUCUUAAGGGAAGAAGACAAGCAAAUGUAUUCUACUCUGAAGAUUCCUUCAUUUGAAGUUCAAGUUGGCCUUCAUGAACUCUUGGGCCAUGGCAGUGGGAAAUUAUUUAUCCAGAAAGAAGAUGGAUCCUUCAACUUUGAUAUUGAAAAUGUGUUACAUACAGAAACUUCAAGCCAGAUUGAAUCUUGGUAUCAACACAAUCAAACGUGGGAUGGGAAAUUCUCUACAUUGGCCUCCACCUAUGAAGAAUGUCGUGCAGAGUGUGUGGGCCUCUAUCUAAGCCUUUUACCCAGAGUCCUGAGUAUAUUUGGACAUUCUGGUCAGGAUGCUGAUGACAUCAUUUACAUCAACUGGCUCAACAUGGUACGAAGUGGAUUGAUGAGCUUGGAAUAUUAUUCUCCAGAAAGCAGAAGAUGGGGACAGGCUCACAUGCAUGCUCGAUUUGUGAUUCUUCGAGUUCUCCUUGAAAGUGAUAAAGAGUUUGUCAAAAUCCAGUCAGUGACAGGUGCCGAUGGCAAACCAGACCUUGCCAUCUUGCUUGAUCGGUCAAAGAUUCAAACAGUUGGAAAACAAGCCAUUGGAAAUUUCCUUAGAAAGUUGCAGGUGUACAAGUCAACUGGCGAUUAUGAUGCAGGCAAAGCUAUGUAUGAACACUAUGCAGAUGUCAGUGACUUCCUUUCACUGCGGGAUAUUGUCCUGGACAGGAAACUACCCCGCAAGUUGUAUGCACAGCACAACACUGUCAUGGAGGAUGGACAUGUUUCUCUUCAAACUUACACUGCCAAUGCAUCUGGAGUGAUCAAGUCAUUUUUGGAUCGAUUCUCUGAGGAAUUUGAGCCAAUCAUUGAGAGAAUGUGGCAGCAGGAUUCAGAACACUUUGACCUUUGA